UGCAACAGUAACCAGUUACGACAGAGGGUAGUACAGUGCGUUUUAUAAAUGCCAAGGUGACUGUGUCGGUCGUGGUUGGGAUAGCUGCUGUUUAGAUAGUCAGUAGUUGGGGCUGGAUACUUGACAGGUUUUUCAAAAUGUAUAGCUGCACAAGAGUCACAAUUUCUCCUGCAAUGAUCCGAAGUAUAUCCAGGGCUUUGGCAAGACCGGUAUCCUCUUUCAGCAGGCCUCCAGUCUGGAACGAACAGUUUGUCUCCCAGGCCGAUGGCUCCACAAUGCAGAUUGUGCCAAGGGGUUUCCACACAAGUGCAGUAUCCAAAGACAUUGACACUGCUGCAAAAUUCAUUGGUGCUGGUGCUGCCACAGUUGGAGUAGCAGGUUCUGGUGCUGGUAUCGGUACAGUUUUUGGCAGUUUAAUCAUCGGUUAUGCUAGAAACCCUUCACUGAAACAGCAGCUGUUUUCCUACGCCAUCCUGGGAUUUGCCCUUUCUGAAGCCAUGGGCCUUUUCUGUCUGAUGGUUGCCUUCUUGAUCCUGUUUGCCAUGUAAACAUUCACAUAUAGCACUAUCAGGCCUGUGAUUGUAGGCUUCUGGGGACCUCAGAGGCACAACAGAGGCAAUGCCAUUCCACAUGUUAUCAUGGAAGUAUUGUGUUGAAUUUCAAAAUGUUUCAAGUAUUGUCUUUUACAUUAAAAAAUAAAAUUUAAA